AUGCGACCCUCGUAUCGAUACUUCACUCAAUUUCCGCUUAGACCUCUAUUUUCAACCCCACAUCCUCGUUUGAUAUGCGCAUCUAGAUUACCCUUCAAAUCUCCCUGCAGACUAGUGUCCAACAAGGCAAUUCCUGGAUUCAUCUGCCACGGUGAGCGAGGAACCGCAUACCGACUUAUCCGUCCUCUGGGAUCGCAAAUCCACAGCAAACCCCCUCAUAUAUGGCUUGCUGUAGAUUAUUCAAAUCCUGAUAUUCAAUAUGUCAUCAAACAACCUUCGGGCAAUAAUGAAAACGCCCUCUCCGCCUUCAACCACGAGUUGGAAAUGCAAAGAGUUUUCGAAAAGGAAGCGAUGAUUCGGAAGAUCGUUGAUUAUAUUCCCAACUCAGAGCAUGUUGGAUCAAUGAUAGUCCUUGAGGCAUUUACAGAUUCGCUCUGGGAAGCUCGAAAUGCGAGGUCGUUUACAGAAAAGGAAAUCAAGUGGAUUAUGAAGGCGUUCUAUCUAAAAAUGGAGAAUGUUGUACUGGAAGGAUUUGAUCAUUCCAAGCCGCAUAAAAAUGUCGAUCUCAUUGUCAGGCUUGCAGAUUGCGGUGCCAUUAGCAAGCCAUCCACGAGAGAAAUCACCUCUCUCACAUAUCGGAGCCCUGAAGUUCAUUUUGGAAAACCCUGGACUCAGAGCACAGAUUUGGCCCAGUUACUCCAGACUAAGGUUGAUUUCAAAUCUCCGGGAAUAUAUGACUCAAUCUGCACGGGAACACUGGAAGAAAUGACAAAAGCUGUUCGCGAUAAACUGGCAAUUGAUUUUGAUCUCGCCUCUGUCCCAUUCUAUGCGGAGGACGAGCAAUGCGCCAAACUGUUGCCUCCACCGCAGCCAGAAGAAGCGUACAUGUGGGCAAAUGACAUGGCAGAGAAAGGCGUCGCAGGCGAAGAUCUCCAGCUUUUGGUCGGAGUCUUAAACCCGGAUCCUAAUGCCCGCUUGACUGUGCGCGAGAUUCUCGAGAGUGGAUAUCUAGAGGUCUAA